GGUUUGCAAUUCUUUGUGGACUCUAAAAGACUUUUUGCAUUGACUUCAAACCCAUCACUUAAAAAAAUCAAACCAAACCUUAAGGGAUUUAAGAUUUGAAUUUGGAAGAUUGUUUAAUCGGGGCAAUGGCCUACAACAGCUUUUUAACAAGACUUUGAAUGGGUGUUGCUAAUAAUUAAUUAAUAUAGCUAUAAAAAGGGGGAAGGUUAGCAGUGGGGGAAAGUAUGUGUGUGUUUUAAAGUUCUUUUUAAAGUACUCAGCAUAAACUAGGCAACCUGCUAAUAAUUACUUUAUACACAGAUCAUUAAUCAAAAUCUGGAAGGUCUAGGUAGGAAUCAUGCUGCUAGCUCCUUCUGUGUUCAUUAGUUCAAACUAAUUUCUUUCUGAGACCUCAGGUAUCUUGGGUGCCAGCACCCGCCUGGCUCUUAAGCACUCCACAAGUAACUAGUCCCUAAUAAGAACAGAACCCCAGGCUGAGUUCAGAUUAUGAUUACACCAUUUUGUGGUGUUCUGCUUCAUAGUGGACAUAUUGGAUGGGCCACAGCAUAUGAAUAAGGAGGAGAAAAUAAUGAUCAAAAGUGAGGCAUUCUCUGUAAAUGGAGCUUUGUUCAGAAUUGGCUUCACUCCACUGAAACAAGGAACCAGCAGAUUUAUCCAACAGUAGAACAUAGUUUUCUGGGAAUUGUGAGCGAAUUCGAAUUAUUUGGGUGCGACUUUGGGCAGCCAAACAGACAGCUCCUCACAUCUCUUGGGAAAACAGGGACGAUGAUUAAACUGAGCCGAAGGUCCCGCUCAAUGCUCUCCUUGGGCCUCAACUCUUUGGCCCUCUGCUUUUCGGUUUCGGCCUUCUGCACCAGCUAUUGGUGUGAGGGGACCCACAAGGUGGUUAAGCCCCCCUGCCUCUCGGCCGUCAAGAAGGGGAACUGCGUGCCCAUCAACAGCAACGAGACGAUGGAUGGGAACGUGACCAUGGACCCCCACGUCGUCCAGUACAUCUGGGAAACGGGCGAAGACAAGUAUGCUUUCCGGUAUUUCCACACGGGCUUCUGGCUCUCGUGUGAGGAGCAUCACGGAGAGGAGAAGUGCCGGAGCUUCAUUGAGCUGCCCCCCGAGUCGGAGAAAGGGGUGCUGUGGCUCUCCGUUGCCUCCGAAUUCCUUUAUAUUAUCCUGUUGACUGUGGGGUUCCUAUUGAUGUGUUUGGAUGCUGUCUACUAUGCCAACUUCAUUGAUGGACUCAAGAUCAAUGCUUUUGCAGCUGUGAUCACCGUUCUCUCAGGGCUCCUGGGCAUGGUAGCCCAUAUGAUGUACAUGACCGUCUUUCAGGUGGCUGUGAACCUGGGACCAAAAGACUGGAGACCUCAGACAUGGUAUUAUGGCUGGUCAUUUGGCAUGGCCUGGCUCUCGUUCACCCUUUGCAUGUCAGCCUCUGUGCUGACCCUCAAUACCUACACCAAGACCAUCCUGGAAUUCAAGUACCGCCGGCGGAUUUUUGAGAAGCACACGGCGUCAAUGGGGAGCAGCAGAGGUCCCGGCUCACCCGCUCUGGCCCCUGACCUCGAACGCUUCCUCUGGGAUAAAUAUAUCUUCAGCGUUAGUGACUCUCUAGACUUCUCCCCUAGCCCUCCGGGCCCAAUGGCUCCCUGCAGCGGGCGCAAGGCCUACGCGGGAGGGUAUGCUGGGCUCGCAGGAGGUCACAGUGGAGAUGCUGGUGACGAGGAUGACGGGGAGCCAUGCUAGAGAGAGAGAGGGUGUUGGGUGGAGAACAAGACCUCCCACCAUCACAUCCCUUCUCUUCCAUUUGCUCACCCAUCCAUCCAACUGUUUGUCCCAUCACAAAUAUGCCCUUCCCUCUGCUUAGGCAACCUAUGGCCAUUUCACAACCUGUGAAAACAUUGGUUCUUUGAGGUUGUCAUGACUUUUAGGUUGGGUAAAAGGGUGAGAGCAGACCUAUGGAUCAGGCCCAGUUCAAACUGUACAAGAAGAAGAAGAAAUUAUUAUUAUUAUUCUGGCAGCCCUACCAGGAGGCAAGAGGAGGCAGCUGCCUCAUGUGUUGAGUUUGGGGCGGUAGAGUGGGAGGUGGGCAGGUCAAACCCAGAGGGCGAAAUGUAUUAGGAAUUCGUUG